CCGUAGCCGUUUCACAGAGGUUGACCGUGUUUCUCUCCUCCUGAGUAGACCUGAGCCGAGAUGUCGAUGCCGAUCGUAGCCUAGACUAGAACGAACUGCCUGUACAUACAAUGUAUGUAUAAUAUUGGACACAAAUGUGUAUUAAAGGAAUGUUCCAUAUCAUUGCAGCUACUGAAAAGUAAUGAAUAAAUUGUUUAUCUUUCUCAUAAGCAUCUUUAUUUAUAGGAAUUAUAAUUUAUGUUCUUGCAAAAUAAUAACACUAACGAUAUAAGAAACGUAUUGCAAUAUAUGUAAGUAGCAACCUCUUGAGCGUGUUACAAUGCAUCGUUUUCUAUCUACUUUACAUGCAAAAAUUCACGAUCUAGUUUCCUACAUACUUGAAAUCUUAACACAUCUUCUACACGUAUAGGAAAUCGCAAAUCAUCCUUCAGUGAGAAAGAUUCAUUAAUUAGCUGUUGUUUUUGUACAUUUACAUAUUUACUAUAUGAAUUUCUUAUUGAAUAAUAUUGAGCUCGAAUAUUCGAUAUUAAUAUGCAGCAGUAAAAUGAAUGGUGAUAUUAAGUAGUAGAACUGUUUAAUGCGUAUUAAGAUUGCCUGUCUCGUAGAUUUAUUGUAGGCAGAUAAGACAUUCACUGAUUAUUAAGUAAAUUGCCUUCCGGACGCUGCAGCGUCCCUUGAUUCGAGUUUGGCGCCAGGCCAUGUUCUAAAAGUCGAUCUUAUACAACAUACGUGAGCAUCUUCAUUCUUCAAACAAUUCGAAUUUAUUUAUAACCUCCGAAUAUUAAUUAUUGUUUACAUACAAUUAUACAUUGUUUAACUAUACUAUAAUUUGUUAUAUAUGUCCAACUGCUUUCUUAUAUUAUUUAUGACCUGAAUGGAGAACCUCGAUAAAAAAUGGCAAGUGUGUACUACGAGACGAUUUUAAUUCAUUGGGUUUCAACUUGCAUCGCUAAUGAAUGUAAUUGAGAAGAACAAGUGUAAUCAAGGUGCCAUAACUUAGUUUCUUUCCAUUUGUUAUUACUCAAGAGUAUAAUGACGCUUACACCGAAGAAUUUAACUAAGCUGCUGGACAUUGUCGAGGAGGAUAACCUAGAUACCAGUUUGGAGAGUCUCUGCAAUCAAAUGCAUCAAUCUUUUUCGAAGGAGGACCGCUUCAAAGUAGGAAUGACAUUGGUACUUUUAUUACAACACAUCGAUCUAUUGCCAAAAAAUGUUCAACGGAUAAUAGCAGUGACUUUAUUGUUUGACCUUUAUCGUGGAGAACCAUUAGCAACUACCCCGUUUGCACCUGUCUUUAUCCAAGUAUUAAAACCAACACAAGAUGACACCAAUCAAGGUAUACCCAAGACGAACUUUUCUGGACAUAUACCAGUUCUCUCCCAAUGUGAGAAAAAUUUAUUGACAAAUCUUCUGGGAUACAAUCAAAAAGAUAUCUUAAAGAAAACACCUAGACAGAUAGUGGAUGAAUUGUAUUUUGUUACUGUACCACCUGUUGAUUUAAGUAAUUUGCAAGUUCAAUUGGCAGAACGUCAUUCAGAACUACCUUCCAUAGCUAAAUGUGGUAACCCAAUUAUAUUACCAGAUAUGGAUCACUCCAAGGUGACAGAGAUAGACAAGAAUGCUACUAAGAACAUGACAGAACUUCUACUAGCCAAUGAUGCACCUUUAUGCAGUCAAAGCUAUCAACCAGAAUUUCUGAGAUUAGCACCACCUCUUUAUCGCUCUGUGGAUGAAUUGCCAUGGUUCAAUGUCACUGAGCCUUCUCAAUUUACUAUAGAAUAUGAUACCAACAUGUGUGUUUCAAACUGCGCCGGGGCAGAGGCUAGAAGAUUAAUGGGAAAGGCUUUCAAAAGCGUGUUAACAUUGCAACAACAGCAACAUCUUGUUAACGAGCUAGACAGGGAUCCAAAGCUGGUUUAUCAUAUAGGCCUAACACCAGGGAAACUGCCAGACUUAGUAGAGAACAAUCCUUUAAUAGCAAUAGAAGUUUUGCUAAAACUGAUGCAGUCUAGCCAAAUAACUGAAUACUUCAGUGUAUUGGUGAAUAUGGAGAUGUCCCUCCACUCUAUGGAAGUAGUGAACAGGCUAACGACCACUGUUGAUCUCCCAACAGAGUUUGUUCAUCUAUAUAUCAGCAAUUGUAUUUCUACUUGUGAAACUAUCAAGGAUCGUUACAUGCAGAACCGCUUAGUGCGUUUAGUCUGCGUUUUUCUACAAUCUUUAAUUAGGAACAAGAUUAUAAACGUCAAGGAGCUGUUCAUAGAAGUACAAGCAUUUUGUAUAGAAUUUAGCCGUAUCAGAGAGGCAGCAGCUUUAUUUAGAUUAUUGAAACAACUGGAAUCUGGAGAUAUUGGGGGAUUAAAUGCACCGCCCGCUAACAAUAAAUUAGAUAUGUGUUAACGUAUUUGCGAUACCGUAGCCCAGAUGGGAGAAUGUAAUAUGUUUUAAUUGGAAGUGGACUGUUAGUUUUCAUAUGUAUUUAAUUAGCGUAUUAUAUUUCUGCGUCAUGUAAUUUGGAUUAUAACAGAUAGUAGAGACAUAUAUUUUUAUUGGAUCAUGGGAUUGACAUAGAAAUUUAAGAAUCAAUGUGUGAAUAUUUACUGAUGAUAUUGAAUAUUAAAAAAAUAUUGUACAUUGUUAAUGUAAAGAAAGUGCUAAUAUUUUCAGUAAAUUAUUGUAGUUAUCAUAUAUUUGAUA